UUUAUAGAUCUAAUUUCUCUUUGCUCGCCUCAGUCUUCGUUCGUUUUUGAAACAGUCAACAUCUGGCAGUCCGACAUGGCUCAGGAUCCGCAAGCACUUUACUUUGCCGUCGGUCCCGGACCCAACGAGAUCACCUGUCCCUAUUGCAGGACCAAGGCCAAGACCCGCGUGGUGCGAUCCUGGCUGCGUUGCUGCACCAAGAGGCACCACUGUGGUGCCUGCGGGGAGUACCUGGGCGUAUACCGCCGGCCACAACUGUAA